CAAGUGGCAUGUUUGCACUCUUUGGCAAAAAAGAAACCUAACCUAAAAAAUUCUAUUUGACAUAUAUUUACGAUUGCAUCAUAUUUCUUUAUUUAAAUCGUUUAAUUUUAAUCAUAUACAACAAAUGAAUUAAAAAAAACCAGGGAGAAAUUAUUUUACCAUUUCUAGUGCUUUCAUUAUUAUUGUUUAUUCCAAACAAGGUGGUAGUUCUUCUCAAUUUCUUUAAAUAUGGAACAACAAGAAAUAUGCAGAUAUUUUAAUGAAAUUAUCAGAAAUGACAAGGAUGUUUCGGCUGGUGUUGCUGCUAUUCGAACACUUCUUGAAGUUUUGGAGCACUCAAAAUCUGAAACCGUUCAGGAAUUGCGAUUUUGUUUACAAAAUGCAAUUGACGCGAUGAGAUCGACUGAUCAUCCGGUGACAUCAAUUGCCUCUGGAAGUGAACUAUUUCUUCGAUUUAUCACUUUAGCAACAUUAGACACACCGUCAUUUGCUGAAUGUAAGGACAUUAUGUUGCAUAGAGGAAAAAUAUUUUACAAAAAACUUGUAGCAGCUCGUGGCAAAGUUGCUAAACAUGCUGUGCGAUUUAUUUCCGAUGGCAGUAAAAUUUUGACUCAUUCGAAAUCAAGAGUUGUUCUUGAAACAAUGAAAGAAGCUGCUCAAAAUAGUAAAUCUUUUGAAGUUUACGUGACAAAUUCUGCGCCUGACAAUAGCGGAGAGGAGAUGUGCCAAAAUUUACAAAAAUUAGGAAUUCCAUGUACUGUAAUUUUUGACUCGGCAAUGGGUCAUAUAAUGGAACGAGUUGAUAUGGUAAUUGUUGGCGCUGAAGGUAUCGCUGAAAGUGGAGGAAUAAUUAAUAAAAUGGGAACUUAUACGAUGGCAGUUUGUGCGAAAGUUGCAAAUAAACCAUUUUACGUCUUGACAGAGAGUUUCAAAUUCUCAAGAGUUUAUCCCUUAAAUCAGGCGGAUUUACCCGAUGAAUUUAAGUAUACAGCGAGUACAUUAAAGAAGGAUUUAAAAAAAGAACAUCCACUUGUCGAUUAUACUCCUCCACAUUACAUAAAUCUUUUAUUCACCGAUUUAGGAAUUUUAACACCAUCGGCAGUUAGCGAUGAACUUAUAAAACUUUAUUUAUGAAACAAGUAAAUUUUGUACAUUUAUAAAAAGAGAAGCAAAGAAGUUAUUAAUUUAUCUUUUACUUCUUACCUCGAAUUCUAUAUUUUAAACAAAAAAAAAAACAAUUUUUAAAUAAAAAUACAGAAAAAAUUGUUUAUUUGCAGUUUUUAUUUUUUUUGUUGUCGCACAUUUUUCAUAGACAAUUAUGAUGAGUAUUUAAAAAAAAAUUGCAAAAUAUUGCACUGUGUAUGUAUUUCAAGUUUCACUUGUAAAGCAGAAAUAAAAUUAAUCACACAAAAAUGGA